CGUUUUAGCUAGACCUGGCAACCGUGGUGUAUACUUUAGAUACAUUUUACUCUAAACAGACACAAAUGACCCUGCGUCUGUCGGUAGUCACAGGGCGGUCGGUAGCUUUUGCACAACACAUUGAGUGCUAGCUAGCUAGGUAGGUAGAUUGCUAACCUUAGCUGUAUGACCUAGCUAGCAUCCAACAUCUGGUAGAAAACUAUUUUCUCAUUAUUUGACAUUAUCGUUGACAUGUCGGCCUUUUCAGAGGCAGCUUUGGAAAAGAAACUAUCGGAGCUUAGCAAUUCCCAACAAAGUGUCCAGACUCUGUCACUGUGGCUUAUCCAUCAUAGAAAACACUCGAAGACCAUCGUCAACGUUUGGUUCAACGAAUUGAAAAAAGCCAAGGUAUCCAGGAAGCUCACCUUCCUCUACCUCGCCAAUGACGUCAUCCAGAACAGCAAGAAGAAAGGACCUGAGUUCACCCAGGACUUUGCUCCUGUCAUUGUUGAUGCCUUCAAACAUGUGUCCAGGGAAGGAGAGGACCCCUGUAAGAAACAGCUGGGCCGGGUUCUGUCCAUCUGGCAGGAGAGGGCUGUGUAUGAGAACAACCUGCUGGACCAGCUCUCACACGUCCUGUUGGGAGAGAAGAAGGCCAAGAAGAGGCCGUAUGAGGAGAUUCAACUGGACGACCAGGACUUGGCCUCCCAAAGCUCCCCCGCGGAGCCCCCACAGACGGCAGAGUUAAUCCGGGCCCUGCAGGAGCUUGAGAAUGCAGCCUCUGGGGACUCAGCACUGCGACAGCGAAUCUCCUCCUUGCCUGCUGAGGUGCAGGACACGUCACUGCUGCACAGGAUCACAGAUAAAGAGCAGGGUGAGCGCCUGUCCAGACUGGUGGAGGAGGCAUGCAUGCUGCUGGCGGACUUCAGCGGCCGUUUGGCGGCGGAGAUCGACGACCGGCGGCAGCUUACGCGGACGCUCACCCUGUUUCUACACAGCCAGAGGGACGGCCUGGCGCAGAACGAGCAGAAACUAGAAGAGUACAAGCGCAAGCUGGCGCGGGUUACCCAGGUACGGAAGGAUCUGCGUUCUCAUCUCAGCAACCUACCAGACCUCUCUGUGCUCCCCAUUGUGACCGGUGGACAUUUGCACCUGCCCUCGUCUGGCGUCGAGCUUUAUGACCCCACAGCCUGACAGCUCACCUGUGUUUCCCAUCUCUGACCGACCAUCCACCCUCUGAUUGACACAUCUCUCGCCCUAUCAUUUAACUUGUGGACAUCACUUCACUUCGUGGACAUCAGAGUCACUUAGUAACCUUUGACUGACGUAUCUCCCAACCUAUCAUUGGCCAUAUGCAUCUUGCCAUUGUGCUACUGUUUGACUGCUCUCUCAUCCAAUCUUUCCACAUGUAGUCCUAUUUAUCAAAUUUCUCUCUUACCCAUCAUCAUGUAACCCUCCCUUUGUAACAGUAUAUCUCCCUCCUAUUCGCCAAGGAUCCCUCGUAUUCUCUUCACAAUAGAUCACUCUUAUUGGUACAGUAUUCGGAAAGUAUUCAGACCACUUCACAUUCUAAAAUUGAUAAAAUUGUUUUUUACCCUCAUCAAUCUACAUACAAUAGCCCAUAAUGACAAAGCAAAUACAGGUUUUUAGAAAUGUUUGCAAAUUUAUUAGAAAUAAAUAAAUUAACAAAUAAAUUGAAAUAUGACAUUUACAUAAGUAUUCAGACCCUUUACUCAGUACUUGGUUGAAGAACCUUUGCCGAUUACAGCCUUGAGACUUUUUGGUAUGAUGCUACGAGCUUGGCACACCUGUAUUUGAGGAGUUUCUCCCAUUCUUCUCUGCAGAUCCUCUCAAGCUCUGUCAGGUUGGAUGGGGAGCAUUGCUACACAGCUAUUUUCAGGUCUCUCCAGAGAUUUUACAUCUGGUUCAAGUCCGGGCUCUGGCUGGGCCACUCAAGGACAUUCAGAGACUUGUCCCAAAGCCACUCUUGCGUUGUCUUGGCUGUGUGCUUAGGGUCAUUGUUCUGUUGGAAGGUGAACCUUCGCCCCAAGUCUGAAGUCCUGAGUACACUGGAGCAAGUUUUCAUCAAGGAUCUCUCUCGUUCAUCUUUCCCUUGAUCCUGACAUCCCCACAGCAUGAUGCUGCCACCACCAUGCUUCACCGUUGGGAUGGCGCCAGGUUUCCUCCAGACGUGACGGUUGGCAUUCAGGCCAAAGAGUUCAAUCUUGCUUUCAUCAGACCAGAGAAUCUGGUUUCUCAUGGUCUGAGAGUCCUUUAGGUGCCUUUUGACAAACUCCAAGCGGGCUGUAACGUGCCUUUUACUGAGGGGUGGCUUCCAUCUGGCCACUCUCCAUAAAGACCUGAUUGGUGGAGCGCUGCAAAGAUGGUUGUCCUCCUGGAAGGUUCUCCCAUUUCCACAGAGGAACUUUGCAGCUCUGUCAGAGUGACCAUAGGAUUCAUGGUCACCUCCCUGACCAGGGCCCUUCUCCCCCGAUUGCUCAGUUUGGCCGGGUGGCCAGCUCUAUGAAGAGUCUUGGUGGUUCCAACCUCCUAUUCAAGAAUUAUGGAGGCCACUGUGUUCUUGGGGACCUUGAAUGCUUCAUAAAUGUUUGGUUCCCUUCCCCAGAUCUGUGCCUCGACACAAUCAUGUCUCGGAGCUCUAUGGACAAUUCCUUCAAUCUCAUGGCUUGGUUUUUGCUCUGACAUGCACUGUGGGACCUUAUAUAGACAGUUGUGUGCCUUUCCAAAUCAUGUCCAAUCAAUUGAAUUUACCACAGGUGGACUCCAAGUUGUAGAAUCAUCUCAAGGAUGAUCAAUGGAAACAGGAUGCACCUGAGUUCAAUUUGGAGUCUCAUAGCAAAGGGUCUGAUUACUUAUGUAAAUAAGUUUUAUAUAUAUUUAUAUAUAAAUACAUUUGCAAAAAUGUAGAAAAACCUGUUCGCUUUGUCAUUGUAGGGUAUUAUGUGUAGAUUGCUGAGGGAAAAAAUUAUUAAUACAUUUUAAAAUAAGGCUGUAACGUAACAAAAUGUGGGGGAAAAAAUCUAUGGGUCUAUAGAGGAGCUAUAGGAAGACAGGCUCAUUGUAAUGGCUGGAAUGGAAUAAUUGGAACGGAGUCAAACGUGGUUUUCAUAUGUUUGAUGCUGUUCCAUUUAUUCCAUUCCAGCCAUUAAAAUUAGCCCAUCCUCCUAUAGCUCUUCCCACCAGCCUCCUCUGUUCCCAUGAUAUCCCUCUUCUGUUUCCCCUAUCCGCCUAACCCCAAACUCCUCAAAAUGGCCGGAAAGAUAUUGUUGUGAUAUUAUUUUUGUAUUUAUAGUGAAUUUAGAAUUUAGCACCGGAAAUGGUAUAUUGCAGUAGUCCCAAUGCAUACAUCCCCUCAGUUUGGUAUCAUUAUAAAUCAGCUGCAGUAUUUUGAUAACGAACAAUUAUCAUCUUUCUGCGUUCUUUUAUAAGUGCUCUAAGCCGUAUUCCCAUUAUGUGGACACAGCUCACUAGGUUUUAGAUCUUGUUCUCUGGGGCUUCACUAAUAGCAGGGACUGUUACUGUUCAAGUUCUAUAUAAAUGGCCUUAAUAAUAAUUAAGCCUGUUCAGAAAAGUUAUUUUGUCCAGAUUUAAUUGUGAAAUCAGGUUGAAAAGGAAAUGGACAAGUUGGAAAAUGUAAAAGUAACACGUUUGAAUAUGUUUGACUUUUUUUGAGAAAGCUCUUAGGGAAACAAAAACAUUCAUUGUAAACAUUGUUCUUAAAGCAGUAACCAAUUUCUUUCUUUGUUUUAGCACAUAGACAAAGUUGCAUAUAAAUCCUAGGAACUAAUUGGUUUUUAUCUGUCAGUCUUGUAUCGUCAAUAUGGACUGGCCAAGACACAAUCUUUAAAAAAAUGGUUCUGGAUACAACCAAAAAGGGUACUAUGCUUGCUCCCAAUAUGGCACCCCUUAAUGUUCUAUAUAGAACUGAAAUUGGUUCCCUAUAUGGAACCCAUUUUGGUUCAGUGAAGAACCCCAUAUAUAUAUGGGGUGCCAUAUACAGCAUGAAGCAAGAAAUAGAACCCUUUUCGGUUCUAUCCAGAACCUUUUUUUUCUAAGUGCAUGGUAGUCAUUCCAAAAAAAAUGCCUGGGUCUCAUUGCAGAUGCAUCUCUAUAGAAGUUAGAUGUCUCCGUAAUAGUUGAAGCCUUUCCCAUAUUGGAACAAGCAAGUGGAGACAUCAGUGUUGUAUGCUCUUUUACCGUAUUCCCUACUGCCCCCUGGUUAUAACCUCUACUGAAGGUUCUUCAGCCGCCUGUGACAGCUAUGCUCUUUGAAGAACUUGAAGGGGCACACUUUGCUAAACUACUCCGUAUAACUUAUGUCAAUGAUUUGUAAGUCUUCAUUGAAACACAAAUUGUUGUAAUGUGUUGUUCUCAGAACCCAAUAAACAGCCAAACAUAGGAGAAUUUA